UUCACUAUCUCCUUUUAUAAAUUAAAGUCUCUACUGAUCCACUUUUCCAAACACAACCACUUCCUCACCAUAUUACAAACCCAUUUUAGAGAGAGAGAGAGAGAGAGAAGAGGAAGAACCAGCAUGAAUCCACAGGUUGAAGAUCAAAUGGUACUCACCUCUCAGUUCUAUCCUGGGAUAUACAACCAACUGGUUCCACAGCAAGAAGAAGCAAAACCGCGGCGGCGGAGGAGGAGGAAGAGCAAAGGAGAGGCUGGCAGCGAUGGAGGAGGGGCUAGGAAGAGGAAGCUAAGCGAACAACAAGUGAAUCUACUUGAGUUGAGCUUUGGAAAUGAACAUAAACUCGAGUCUGAGAGAAAAGACAAGCUUGCUUCUGAACUGGGUUUGGAUCCACGCCAAGUGGCUGUUUGGUUUCAGAACAGAAGGGCUCGGUGGAAGAUUAAGAAGCUAGAGGAUGAGUACUCCAAGUUGAAGACUGAACAUGACAGUGUUGUUGUUGAGAAAUGCCAGCUGGAAACCCAGGUGUUGACGCUCAAGGAACAGCUCUCAGAGGCAGAGAAGGAGACACAAAAGCUACUGGAAAGAUGUGAUGGGAUUUCAAGCAACAGCCCGAGAUCAUCCUUUUCAAUGGAAGCCAUGGGGCCACCAUUUCUUGGGGCGUUUGGAAUGCAAGGAUUAGAAAGUGUUUUUUAUGUGCCAGAAAACAAUUACAUUCAUGGCAUGGAAUGGGUUAAUAAUCUGAAUGGUAUUAUGUAAAUUAGAGCAAUUCUAGCAUUAAUGUAGAUAGUGACCAUCUAAUGUUGUACAUCUUUCUUCCUCUUGCUUUUGCUUUCUUUUUUAGACUUUUUAGUUUUUUCAGUAGUAAUAUUUGAUUUGCUUUCUAUUUUAGACUUUAA